AUGGAAUCUGAAGACAUUUUUCAUUCAGCCUCCGAGCCAAAGAUUGAGGAGGUACAUGAUUCUCCUUCAGCUGCUAUGGCUGAGGAACAUGAUCAUCAAAAAGAAGAUGAAACACUAUCUACUCAGGAGGAUGAUGAUGAUGAUCGUUAUGAUAACAUAGAGUUGUUAAAUGAAAUUGAUUUUACAGGAAUGAAUGAUGACAUCUCGACAAAUAUAGAAUUUGAUCUCGAUGAUGAAGAAUUCGGUCCUUUUCCUGGAAUUCCCAGCAGCUGUCCUAAUAAAGUCGAUGAAGUUGCUUCUUCAGCUACCAAGACUAGAGAUGAAGGAAAUAUUCUCAAGAUUUUGCUCUCUACUUCAAAGCCCCUGGAGGCGAGCACUAUAUUUGAGACUGGUGGCUCAUCAUCCAUUUCAGAAUAUUCUCCCACCAGACCUUCAUUAGAUGAGGCUUCUAUAAGGUUGGUAAAACACCUAUCCCAACACAGUCCAACCUCCUCUCGUGGCAAAGGAAUAUCAUUUAGAGAGGAGUGCACAGGUGAUGACAAGUCUUCCACUUUUGAUCUUCGUGAAGAAAUUGGGAUUCUCCAUCAAGAACUUAUAGAGAAGACCAUUCAGAUGGAUCGACUCACUUCUUACAUCGAAGAUCUUAGAGCAAAGGACGAGGAGAAGACAAAACAAAUUAAAGAUCUACAGACGAAUCUUGGUUCAGUGACAGCUAGUUACUUUAUUCUAAAGAACGUUCUGUAUGACACAUUUGGUGAAAAAUUCAAGGCUCUUUUUCAACAGCCACAUGGAAUCGAUGAUCCUCCUACAGCCCCCACACAGUCUGUCUCUGAAGACUUUCCAGUCGAUCCACCAGCUCCGAGAACAACCACUACUGUCAACAAAUUUGAAAAGGAGCCAGAAGGAAGCAGAGCAAGAAUAAUGAUCAAACAGGGCAAGAGAACCAUAACAGCCAACAAACGCGAAGGCUUGCUAUUCAUGAAGAAUUCAAAUGAGAAUCGCAAGGCAAAAGACCUUGUUCUAACUGUAACUGAUAUAAAGAAAAGGAAAUUUGGUGACGAGUACGGAGAUAGAUCGGGAAUUCAAAUGUGGACCUUUGAUCCUACAACUAAUAUGUGGGUUGUGAAAAGAAACUUAGGUGUUCCUGAGUAUUACAAGAGCACCCCUGAUUUUAAUUCAUGGACCAAAGUGGAUCUUGUUGAACUAUUGAGGGCCCCAUUCCAUAAUCCCUCUGAAGAUCCCAGUGCUUCUAUUUUCAAAAGGUUUCUUGACAGACAAGUAAAAGAAAAUUUUCUAUCAAUGAAGACUGAAAGAGCCUUAUAUCGAAAAGAAAAAGAAAUUCUUGAUCCAGAAUCAGGCGAACCUAUGAAGAUCAUUCUCUGGCCUGCAACUAAGCAACAAAAGGAAAUUCCUAUCCCUCAACACUUUCAUGAGGGAUAUCUUGAUAAAAUGGAAUUUUGGCCCUAUGAUGACGAAACUGCAACUGCUGCUAUAAAAUUCAAGGACCAAGAACAAGUUCUGAGAUUGAUAAGUGCAAAUGAUCUUCUUCGAUUCAGAGAGAGGGAUAUUCGAACUUCGUCUCAUCACCAGAUCAUCUGCAAAAAAGCAGUCAUGGAAGCUGCUGCUAAAGAAUUCACUGCAAAUAUGGCUACAAUCAUUAAAGGAAGAUUGUAG